UAUGCUGUUUGUAAAUGUAUGUGCUCAAUAUACACAACUGAAUACACCUGCAAUGCAUAUUUGUUGUAGAUAGAUCUGGUAUUCAUUUAGAUUUGACAUCAGAGAAAAUAAUUCAUGUCUGAAAAAAGAAAUUCUGGGGAAAUUGGGUUGCUUCACAAAGAAAGAGCCGAGCACGUCAUUUCCUCCAAUGACAAAUGUGUGGUUUCAGUCUUUUAAAAGGUUUUUCAGGGGAGUGAUCAUGACUAGUUUGUGUCUGACACUUGGCCUAUGUCACUGUAUGAGAGAUGAGUGGUCAUGUAAAGAAUAUGUAUCCUCAGCUGUCCAUAUCACAAGCAGCAAGAACAUUGCUCUCCCUGUUACUGGUGGCUGCCAUUGAUUCAAUGAAUGCUGGAAUAGCAUGUAGAAACCAACAAUGUGAGAGUCACAUACAAAGAAGUUCCAAGCUAACCAGAUUCAUACAUAUGGAAUCUGUGGACCUCUUAAAAAUAUAUGCCAGUCAAGGAGACCUGUCAGAGCUGUUCUGCCAGAUGCCAAUCAACAUUGUUCCUGACCCAAACAUCUCUGGCCUGGACCCCUCAGAGCGGAUGCUGAGCAUCUACUCCCACUGUAAGGCUUUCCUACCACACCUGAAGAGAGUCACUGAGCAACAGAGGGACUUACAGCCACCCUCCAGCCCCCUGCUAAACAACCUCACCACUGCCCAGUACCGCACUAGUGGUCUGGCCAACCAAAUAAACUGCAUUUACCAAACACUCUUUCCAAACCUGCCCAUCCCACUUGAACCUGUAGACGGACCGACGUCAAUACACCCCUCCCAAAACGUGUUCCAACAGAAGGUCUAUGGUUGUGUGGUUCUGAAGAAUUUCAAGGAGCUCCUGUCACAGAUCAGACAUGAACUAAGGACCAUAAAGAACCAAAUGUGCAAAAGUAGGACAUUUGCAUACACAAAUGCACUGUUCUGAGGCCAACUUUCUAUUAUAUUUUAUUUAUUAUUUAUUUGUACACGUGUUCAGAAGUUACGGAAGCUUAUUGCUGCCACUGAAAAAAAACUGUCUGCACAAAUGUUCGACUUUGAAUAACUUAAAUAUAUUUUGUUUGUGUUGAGAAUGAAUUAACUUAACUUGUGUGUUAAAAUUGCCCUGCAGUAUUCUUGUAGACUACUGUGAGAUUUUAAAAUGAAUGUCUUUUGUCAAAUCUGAGUCACUUUAAUAGUUUUGUCCAUUUUAAGUUUUGUGAGCAAAUUAAAAAUAAGUAUUCUCGCA